CAAUAGUCAAAAUCAAAACAUUGUGGAUGUCAAGUUAAAACUAUAAUGCGUUUUUGAGAUUCAGCGUGCAUCAUUGCAGAUAUGAAUUAUGUAAUUGAUAUAAACUAGAUAUACACGAAGGUGUAUAUUUAAACUUUAAUAUGAAUUCCAGGUAUAACUCAAAGAAACUGACAACGUCUCCUUGUCAGAACAGUAGUACCAUACUUGCUGCUGUGGCGUUACAAGACCACCUGUCUCGGAAUUUAUCCCUAGUAGAUCCAUUGAGGCAGACACAUCUUAAUAGACGUGCGCCAAAAGCAAAACCUAAGAAAGUCAACGCAGUUGUAGAUAGCAGGCUAAGAAAACCAACUAAGAAGACUGACAAGACAGAAGAAGAGAAAGAGUUUGUAUUAGAUGCAAAACCACACCAGCUGUCACUAGCUCAGAAACUUGGUAUAGUUGAAUCACCAGAGCAGCCAUUGUCAGAUGAUCAAUGGAAGAAAGCCAAAGAGAAAUCUAACCGUAGAGAUGAUUCUAAGCAGCCAUGUGUUAUCUGUAAAGAAGAUUUUGGAUUGGUACAACAGGUACUCUUAUCCUGCAGUCAUGUCUUCCAUAGGAACUGCUUGCAGGCUUUUGAGAGAUUCACAGGGAAGAAGACAUGUCCCAUGUGUAGAAAAGAAACCUACCAGACAAGAGUGAUAUAUGAGGGGGCAAGAGAACACAGACAAAAAUCGGCUGUUUUGAUACAAGCAUAUUGGAGGGGUUAUGUUGUCAGAAGCUGGUACACAGAGCUGAGAAAGACUGUCCCUCCAAAAGAUCCCAAACUCAGAAAGAAAUUUUAUGAAAAAAAAUUACAAAGUAUCACAGAUAGAAUACUGAAUUCCUACGACACCAGAGUAGAUGACUUCCUGUCUGAGAUUGAUAGAUCUGUCGCUGCUAGUCGAGAUGUUUUCAGACAUUUUGAAGAAUCAUCUAUGCGUGACAUCACAGACGAUGAGUGGCAGGUAAUACAGCUGAAGGCUGUUCAAAGAGGGCAUACUGAAUGCCCAAUAUGUAUAAUGCCAUUAGAAUCUACAGGACUGUGUACUGUAUCAUCACAAACUACAAGCCAUAUACGCAAGACUAUUCUACUAUCAUGCUCACAUGUGUAUCACUUAACAUGUCUUAAUGCAUUUGAAGAACUUUCCCUCGGUGAGAAGAAAGUCUGUCCUGUUUGCCGAUCAGGAUACCAAAAAUUACUCAUUUAAAUUAUCAUCUCAUUGUAAUCUGCUCUACAAACUUAGAGAGUACCUCAGCUAUCACUGGGAUUGCACCAAUGCAUCAUGGGAAAUGUAGUUUUGAAUGUUGAAUGGCUCACCCAUCAUUUACUACGUAUGUGUGUAUACUUUAGGGAUGAGUUAUUCUGCAUUUUGUAGACUGUAUUGUCUGCAUCAAAAGGAUGUAUUGUCACGAACUAUUAU